GUUUUUUUGACACGAGAAUUGUCAUCAAAAGUGAUGAAAAAACAUUAUAAAUAAUAAAUCAGAACAUAUAGACUAAGUAUAGACAAGCAAAAAGCACAGACAUUAGCAAGUGACUUGAGCGGUGCGGAUAAGAUUGAAAUUGAAGCAGAAAAAGCUAGUGAUGCGAAUAACUUGAAGUAAAGAAAAUUAUGGAAUUUUAAUAAAGGUUUAGAAAAAUUGAAAAAUGACAAAAUAAAGUGUUUAAGGGCAGAAAUCAAGUGAAUUUAAUUAAGUAUUUGGACACAAUAUCGAGUUGCAAUACAGAAAAAAAAGGAUAGAUUAAAUAUGUAAAAAGAAGUUAUACGACGGAAUUGUGUAUAUGGAAAAAUCUGGUUCUGAAUAUACAAAAAUGUAUUAAAAUAAGUCAACGAUUAAAACAUCAUUAAGUCAAAUUUGGAAGAGAGAAAAAAAGUUGUUUUAUAUAAAAUAAGUGGAAGAAAUGAGUAGUCAAUUUGAUGACGAUAUACCUCCCGCUGAAAUUGCACGAGAAGGAUGGAUACUAGUUCGGAUACACGUACCAGAACUUGAUAUUUUUAAGUGCCUUCAAUUUCCCGUAGACAAACUAAUAUGGGACAUCAAACAACAAGUCUUAGCAUCCUUGCCAAAAGAAUUGAAAGAAUCAUUCAAUUAUGGACUUUUUUUACCGCCAGCAAAUGGAAAAGCUGGGAAAUUUUUGGAUGAAGAGCGACGUUUGGGCGAUUAUCCAUUUAAUGGACCUGUCGGCUACUUGGAGUUAAAAUACAAACGUCGCGUCUACAAAUUAUUAAAUGUCGAUGAACGGCAACUAAGAGCUUUACAUUCACGUUCGAAUUUGAGAAGAUUUUUGGAAUACGUCAACGGUGGUCAUGUCGAGAAGAUCUCAAAGAUGUGCUCGAAAGGACUCGAUCCUAACUUUCAUUGCUCAGACUCUGGUGAAACUCCAUUGUCGAUUGCCACAAGCAUGAAGAAACCUCAAAAACUUUUAAUUGCUUUAGUGAACGGUGGAGCUAUUUUGGAUUAUAGAUCACGAGAUGGAACAACAGCAUUGCAUAAAGCAGUCGAGCGUGAUACACUCGAAUCAGUUAUGACUUUGCUUGAACUUGGAGCAUCUCCAAAUUAUCGCGACGCUAAAAUGCUGACGCCAGCUUACUUGUCGGUGUUAAAAAAGACAGAUCCGAAAAUAACAGAAGUUUUACUUCACGAUCACGCGACUUUGGGUACACAAGACACGCAAGGAUGGAAUGAAGUUCAUCAGGCUUGUCGAAAUGGCUUGGUGCAUCAUUUGGAGCAUUUAUUGGUCUAUGGAGCUGAUAUGAACAGCAAGAACUCGACAGGCAACACACCACUGCAUGUCUGCGCUGUUAAUAAUCAAGAAGCGUGUGCAAGAAUGUUACUUUUUCGCGGUGCUAAUCGUGAAGCUUUAAAUUUUGCAAACCAGACACCUUAUCAAGUCGCUGUUAUUGCGAGUAAUUUUGAAUUAGCGGAAUUAAUACGAAACUAUAAGAAUGAUGAUAUUGUGCCUAUACGUGUUCCGCCUCGUUAUAAUCCACGAAGACGAUCCGGUCUAGGAUGUUGGUAUACAUUAUUAAAUCAAAGUAGUCACAAUAGUGGUUCCGAAUAUAUAUCUCCUACGUCAUCAAUUGUCGGCGAUUCGUGGAACAAUUCUCAUUAUCAUACAUUCUCACGUUUAAUACACAUUACAUCACCGUCAUCGCCCUGUCCAUCAGAUCGUCCAUUUAAUUCGGCAAGUUCAAGUUUAUCGGAAUCAUCAUCGAGUCAUCGAAGUCAGGAAGAUGAUAUUAGUUUCGUAACAGACAAAAGCCUCGGCGAUACAAGUGACGUGGUCAGUGAUUCAUCAGGCGUCGGAACGAAUUCAGAAUCUGCUAAUUGUUCAAUCGGACAUCCAAGCACAACAGUCGUUUGUAUUGAAAAAUAUGAGCCUCAAAUAGCUGGUCAUUUGUCAAUUCAGGCAGGUGAUAUAAUUGAAGUUGUUGGAUCAACAGAUUGUGGAUUAUUGGAGGGAUUUAUACGCGGAUCAUCAAUUACGGGAUUUUUCCCAUCGCGCUGUACUCAAGAAGUCCAAUUUCGUCAGAAAAAUAACAACAACGGAAUUCACAACAAUAACACUCAUUUGUUAAAAGAGAAUAUUCAGCCACUCGUUGGUAAUUCUUUGAAUAUUGAGCAUUGUGAAGAAAUUACGGAACCUGACGCAUCAUAUAACAACACACUGACUUCUCAGGUCAAUAAAAACUUCACAAUGUCGAAACCGAGGACAGUGCUUCUUCAUCGUGCCAAACGAGGAUUUGGAUUUGUUUUGCGUGGUGCAAAAGCAGCAUCGCCUUUAAUGCAAUUAAAACCGUCGACAAGAUGUCCAGCAUUGCAAUAUCUCGAUGAUGUUGAUAAAGGUGGUGUUGCAGAUGUUGCUGGAUUAAAGAAGGGAGAUUUCUUACUUGCCAUUAAUGGAGAAGAUGUGUCAUGUACAUCUCAUGAAUAUGUAGUGGAAUUGAUCAGGAAUUCAAGUGAAUAUGUCACAAUGACAGUAUUAACAGUCGAUGAAAAUAGCUUUUCUAAUACAAACUUGUCAAUGAUGAAUGGACGACAGUGUUCCACACUUCCUCGUCGUUUUAGUGGAUCAAAUAAAAUGCCAGUUCCUCCCGCUGUUCCAAGACGUGAUCCAAAAACAACAUUAAGUGUUGGAAGAGCUCGUGCACGAUCUAUGGUCGCUGGAUUAGAAGCAAAUGAGGAUCAUGAUGAAUGUGGAAUUUCUAUGAAAGCAAGUUCGACAGAAUCAUUACAUCAACAAACUCAAUCAGCUAUUUCAACACCAUUGCAGCCAGGAACGCCAAUUCAACCAAGAACAGCUAGUAUUAAGUCGCGUCCAACAUCCAGUAGGAUUACAGCAGCUGAAUUAGAAGAUUUAUUUCAACGACAACAAGGAAUUGACGCAAAGAAUAAGUUACAUUCAUCUAUGAUGACAACAUCACGUUUCCAAUCGAAUUGUGAAAGCUCAUUAACUCCGCCAUAUACAUCUCCAUCUAAAAAGCAGCCAUUAGUUUAUGCUAGUAUUGCAGAAAUGAAGAGGAAAAAGACAAAAGUUGGUGGAACAUUACGAGGCCGUCCAGUUGAAAUUCCAAGCGUUGAUUCGGAUCUCAAAAGAACUUUCCAUAGUUCACCAGAUCUUGCAUUAACUUUAAGUGGCAGUUCUACAUGGACUAGUGGAAUGCUUGCUAGAAAAGGUCACAUUUCUCAAGAAGAUCUACAAAAUUUACAUAUUUCAAUGCAACGAUUAACAUUCUUGCCACCACCAAAUUGUAAACCACCUCCUCCUCCAAUAGAUAAUAAUCAUCAGCCUGAAAUUGGUCAAGUUGUUAAGGUCGAUGUUUCUCGUAAAUCGGAAUAUGAAUCGACGUCAUUGUUGCAGAGACAAAUACAACAGAAAAUUGCAGCUAAAUCGCAAGUUGUUGUUGAAACUAGCAGCGAAACAGUGUCAGUUAUGUCAAGCUUUAAGCCAUCCUCGAAUACGAAAAUUUAUGCGUCACCACAAGAAAUAAAUAUAACUAAUAACGAUAUAACAAAUAAUAAUAGCAUAACAAGUAAUUAUUCAAGCACCGUAACAAAAAAUGUUAUUAUUAACAAUAAUAAAAAUAAUAAUAAUAAUGAGCACUACAAAAGUAGCAGUGAUUAUAAUGUUACAAAGGUCAUCGUUACUGCAAGUUCUGGCAAUUUAAAUCCAUACGCUCAGCCUGGAAAAAUUGGAAUUGAACCGCCAUUAAAUUUACCCCCUCCAGUUCCUCCAAUCCCUCCUAUUAUUCCUGAACCAGAUUAUUCGGAAUCGGAUGAGGAAGAGGAAGCAAAUAAUUCUGUAAAAUUGGCAUCAAAUGUGCCAUUUACAAACGAAAGUGUCAAUACAUUGAAACGAAACGAUAAUCAAAAUCAAAAUCAACAUAAAGUCAUAAUUAUAACGAAAAAGGACGACAGUGCAAUAGUCGAGAAAGAGAAUAGUGGAAAUUCAAGCACAGGAAGUUCAUCAAUUGUAUCUCAUUCAUAUUCGGUCGAUGAAAUUCAAAGAAUUCGUUCUGGAUUAAAAUCAUCCAAGACUUUUCCGAAUGCAUUCCAAAAUAAUUCUAGCCAUAAUAAUCAUAUGCCACAGGAAGGUGAUAAUUCAUCGUCUGGUGUGAGCAGUGAUCAAGAAAUCAAAAUGAAUUAUUCUAAUAACUUAUCGACUACUCAUAAUAGUAAUAAAAUAAUUAAUAAUAUUAAUAAUAAUCAGCAUAAGAGUGAAUUAGUUCAAAAUAAAGUUGUUUUACCAAGAAAGGAAGCCAUAAUAUCGACAGAAGAUGCUCCUAGUGAUGAGGAUAGUCCACCGUUAACAGCUUUUCAGAGAAAUAAUUCGUUGACUCGAAAGCAGGCAUCGAUAAUUGCUGCAAAUCGGGCAAAAGUACUAGCUCAAAAUCAGGGACAAAUUGUCUCACUAUCUCAAUUACCGCCACCAUUGGAAGCUGAUUCAGAUGAAGAAGUUGACAAUGGAAAGGAGGCGACUUAUAUUGUUGCACCGCCUCCACCAGAAUUCAGUGAUAUUGUUUCAAACACACGCUCACUGCACAUUCCAACACAACAGUCUCAACAAUAUCGUCAAUAUGCAUCAGUGAAUUAUAUGCAGCAGAAUCAACAGAAAGGUGUACGGAUUGUUGGGGCUUUACCAAAACAUAAUAACAUGCCAGGACAAUCUGCAGCCGGAAAAAUUGUGCGCACCAAUCAUCCACAUCAUCAUAUUCAUCAUUAUCAUCAUCAACAUCAUUAUUAAGCGUCAAAAGUAUCUUAUGGUAGUGUUUAUAAAUGCUGUUCAAACUGCUGUUUUUUGUUGAUUUUUAACGUAUUUGAAAUAUUUAAAUUUUAACGGUUUUUUGAUAUUUGAAUUUAUUGAACUUUAGUUUCUUCGUUGAAAAAGUUCAAAAAUUUAAAUUCUUGAAAACUUAAAAUUUUACCGGU